GCCAUCUUGGAAAGUCUACUCUGAUGGGUCUGCCUUUUCCCGCCUGCUCCAAUCUGCUGCAAACAGAUCGUUUUACCUUUUAGAUUCCCGUGUUAAUCGCACUUUAUGUCGGCAACGUUUAGCCGGAGACUUUAGAAGUUAUAUGAUUAGGACUCGCCAUUCCCCGCUGUUUAUUGGUGCGUGUUGAUUGGUUUGUGUGGGUCAACGUCAUUUACGCUGCGUGUAUCCUGUAUCCAAGGCUUUCUCCUGUCACUGUUGCCUGGAAGGCCUGGAAUGGGCAAGAACUUAAAAAGAGAACAAGCAUUUUCUUUUUGAUUCAAGUUUUACCUUCAGCUUACUGCUUCAACCAGUAGCGGCACCAUGUUCUGGAAGUUUGAUCUGCACACAACGUCCCACAUCGACACCCUCCUGGAGAAGGAGGAUGUGACCUUGUCAGAGGUGAUGGACGAGGAGGACGUCCUGCAGGAGUGCAAGGCCCAGAAUCGCAAGCUGGUGGACUUCCUGGUGCGGCCGCAGUGCAUGGACGACCUGGUCACCUACAUCACCCAGGAGCCCUGUGAGGACAUGGACGAGAAGAUCAAGUACAAGUACCCAAACAUAUCCUGUGAACUGCUCACCUCUGACGUGGGCCAGGUGAACGACAGGCUGGGUGAGGAUGAGAAUUUGCUGAUGAAACUGUACGCCUUCCUACAGAAUGAGCCCCCCCUCAACCCACUGCUGGCCAGCUUUUUCAGCAAGGUGCUGAGCAUUCUUAUCAGCAGGAAGCCAGAGCAGAUUGUGGAGUUCCUUCGGAAGAGGGAAGACUUUGUAGAUCUAAUGAUCAAACAUAUAGGGACCUCAGCUAUCAUGGACUUGCUGCUCAGGAUGCUGACCUGCAUUGAACCACAGCAGCUUAGGCAAGAUGUUUUGAACUGGCUGAACGAGGAGAAAGUUAUCCAGCGGCUUGUAGACAUGGUGCAGCCCUCUCAGGAUGAAGAUAGGCACUCGAAUGCAUCCCAAUCGCUAUGUGAAAUAAUCCGACUCAGCAGAGACCAGAUGUUCCAAGUACAGGGCUGCUCGGAGCCGGACCCCUUACUGGCCACACUGGAAAAACAAGAGACAGUGGAGCAGCUGCUGUCCAACAUAUUCGAGAAAGAGAAGAAUGAGUCUGCCAUCGUCAGUGUCAUUCAGAUACUUUUGACACUUUUUGAGACACGAAGGCCAGCGUUUGAAGGCCACCUGGAGAUCUGCCCCCCUGGGAUGAACCACCCCUCUUUCUCAGUUAAUUGGAGCGUCCUGGAGGCUGUGAAGCACCGACUAAAAGACUUCCACCAACUGCUGCUGGAGCCUCCAAAGAAAAACAUCAUGAAAACUACAUGGGGAUUGCUGGACCCUCCCGUGGGCAACACUCGCUUGCAUGUGGUGCGGCUGGUGGCCAGCCUGCUACAGACCAACACUUAUAUCAUCAACCUGGAACUCAUCGACCUCAACACUGUCGGAGUCAUACUCGACAUGUACUUUAAAUAUAUAUGGAAUAACUUCCUGCACAUACAAGUAGAAAUCUGCACUGCAGUGAUCCUUGCCAUGCCCCCUGGCCAAAGUGAAACGCCCGAAAUCAACACAGAAAGUGAUCAAGAGCCCAUCAGGGGAAACCAUUUGGUCAGACAUCUGUUUCAGAAGUGCCAGUUAAUACAGAGAAUACUUGAUGCCUGGGUCUCCAAUGAAAAAGAACAGGCUGAGGGUGGGCGGAGGCAAGGCUACAUGGGCCACCUGACCAGAAUAGCCAAUUCCAUCAUUCACAACAGCGAAAAAGGGCCCAACAGUGCACUUAUACAGCAGCUCAUUUCAGAGCUCCAGGAGGAUGUGAGGGAUAGAUGGGACACCUUCAUCUCCGGUCCACUAGCAGACACAAACAAGAAGAACACUGUAGACCUAGUUAACACCCACCAUAUCCACUCGUCCAGUGAUGAUGAGGUUGACUUCAAAGACAGUGCCUUUCAUCAAGAUUCCUCCUUGCAGCAAGCCUUUUCUGAUUAUCAGAUGCAACAAAUGACGUCCAAUUUUAUUGAGCAGUUUGGCUUCAAUGACGAGGAGUUUGCCGAUCAGGAUGAUGUCGUGGAUAUUCCCUUUGACAGAAUAUCAGACAUCAAUUUUUCCUUGAGUACAAAUGAAAGUGCAAACAUAGCUCUCUUUGAAGCAUGCUGCAAAGAGAAGAUCCAGCAGUUCGAAGACACUGGCUCCGAUGAGGAGGACAUAUGGGAUGAGAAGGAUAUCACCUUCGCACCAGAGGCACAGAGACGCCCACGGAGUUCAGGUAGCACUGACAGUGAGGAAAGCACAGAUUCUGAGGAGGAGGACGUGAAGCAGGAUCCCUUCGAACCCAGCACUGCCAGCUCUGACGACAGAAUGGAGGUGGACACCGGUGAAGGUGAGGAGUGGACUGCCAACUUUGAUGACAUCCCCAUGGAGACGGGGAGCUCCACGGUAACUGGUGGGCCAUCUGUAGCAGCCCCCAUGCCCACCGCCACCGGGGAGCCUGAGGGGUGGAGCACGGCCAGUCCCUCGGCGGGAAAGGAAACGGGCUGGGCCGACUUCCCCAACUUCACCACUGUGAGCCCCAAAGGUCCUCUAAGGAGCAAUUCCCCAGUUGCCAUGGAGACCAGCAUAGAGACGGUGGACCCCCUGGGCGUGAACGCGCCGGCACAGUCUGAAGAGUUGGACCACUGGCCUGGUGACAAGGCUGCCCUUUCGGCAGAGAGGCUGCCUGCAGGGCAAGCAGUAGUGUGCUCAGAUGUGGAGGAGAGGGAAUGCGGAACCGGAUCACAGAGACCCGUCACCAACGGCUCCAUGAAAGAGACGGUCAGCCUUACUGUAGAUGCCAAAACUGAAACUGCUGUUUUCAAGAGAGUGUUGAAAUCCUUUCGUGAAGAAGAGAAGUUGUCUACCUCUGAAGAUGUGUCUACGAAAUAUGCUGUGGCGGAGUAUGCAGAGCUGGAACGGACUGUCCCAUCUUCAGCCCAGCCAAUCGGCAGCUGCCAGAAACAGAGCGCAAAGCACUUAGAUGAAAAACUGAGAUCUCCAAGUGAAAUUGUCAACGGGCCUCUUGAAGCCACAGGAAUGGAAAAAGCCAAAACAGACCAGCAUGUGCCCACGGUGGAGGCCACGUUGAAUGGGCCUGCAUGAUGUGUGGUGCCGGGAAGCCUGUGUCUAUCAUGCACAGCUUUCCUCCAGAGGACACCAGUAGGGGGCAGUGCAAGCUCUUCCGGAGCCACCGCUGCACAAACUUCACCAGAUCAGGACCAGCAAUAUUCUUACUAGGUUUUACAGACAGAUGUACAGAAAGUUUUAACUGUAUGAAGAGAAACCAAGAAAAAAACAUGCUCUAAUGGAUGCAGAGAAUUUUUUCAUUUGUUUGUAUACUUUUGUUCUUAUGAGAUGGUCUUUCUGCUCAAUCGCCACUUACAGGUAAUAGUAAUGUUGCUAUAGUUAAAAAUGAUUGUAUGAGUGAAGUAUUUUAUAAAAAAAAAAAGAUGUAUACAGAAACUGAAAAUAUAUAAUAAUUAUACCAAUUGGAACACAUAGUGUGACCAAAAAGAAGAGCUGUUUUGGAUAAGGUUUCCUCUUGCACAAAAAUCGGAUAUUUAAUUUCCUUUGAAGUUACAGCAACAGCUGUGGAACAUGUUAAUCUACAAUUUACGUUGGUCUUAUUUCCUUAUUUUAAGCUGAUUAUUAGGGAAGCAUAAUUUUAAAUGCUCAACGAACGGUUUUUUGCUACAGGUAUUAUUUGUAAAUGUUUCUUGUAUCCUUUAAAACACAAGCGAGAUUUGACAGCCUUUGGUAUAGUUUUGAGCUUUAUUUAUUAUUGAGAAGUAGAUUAUAAUGUUAUGUUACUAAAAGAGCCAUAUGCCUAUUCUUCAGUUUGACAGAUUUAAACUGUACAGAGCCCAGGGUGAUGAAUUCUAAAGAAUGGUUUCCAGUUGCAUGUAGCUAGCGAGUGGGAACUAUUGGAGAAGCCUUCUGAGUCCUAUUGUUGUUGUUCCCCAUCAUUGACGGUAGUGUUUUUACCUACAGAAGAACAUGCAUAAUGUAGCCUACAUGCCAUAUGAAACAUAUAAAUCGAUGUUACAUGACAGCAGGAAUUCCUGAUACUGCUACAAUCUGUUUCAUUCUGUUGACUUUUCCAAUAAGAAAGCAAUCAUUGCCAGCAAAAAAGCAGGAUGUGUAAACUUUUUUUCUACCCCCUGUUCCAUAAACAGUGACUUUUUUUGUUUGUUUUUAUUUUUUGUUUUUUAAACCUCAGCCUCUGGCAGGCCAUGCUAUGUAACUUGUAUAAUUUCUUGAGGGACUGAUUGAUUUGAUGAACAAAUAUA